UUUGACACGUCGUCACUAAACGCCUCAAACCUCAAACCUGCCUCAAACAAACAAGAGCCCCGCCACCGCUGUUCGCUGUUAUUUUCAAUUUUCACUUGCCGGCAAGCCUCGCAGCAGGUGCUCGACAUCGCGAUAAGCCUUCUUGAAAAGCGCAAAAAGGCUGGCUUUGAAGAGAAGCAGUCGCUUGACUUCCAUUGCAAAAAGAACUCGCAGUUGAAUAUCUGGAAAAAUGGCCUACCCUGGAUAUCCACCGCAGCAACCAUACCCAAACCCUAAUACUAUGCCACCUUAUCCUUCCCAGGGAGGAUACCCUGGUGGACCACCACCUACGGGUUUUAACCCAAUGUACCCUUCUCAAGGGGUUGGACCUUAUCCUGCUUACCCUUCCGCGGUGCCAGGUUAUCCACCUGCCGGCGCCCCAGGUUACCCUCCGGCGGGAUAUCCUCCAGCAGGCUAUCCUCCGGCAGGCUAUCCUCCGGCGGGCUAUCCUCCGGCGGGUUACCAACAAGCAGGCUAUCCUCCGCCUCAAGGGUAUCCUCCCACUUCCGCUCCUUACCCAGGUGGCACCCCCGCAGCAGAGUACCAACAAGCUCCCGUCUAUGGGGGUGCUGCCCCUCCUCAUGCUGGUGCUGCACCAACUGCUAGAGCAAAGCAGUUUACUCCAACCGUCCGUCCAAAACAGCCAUAUGGCCCAGCUGAUGAAGAGGCUGAUGCCGCUGCCCUGCGAAAGGCCAUGAAGGGGUUCGGAACAGAUGAAAAAGCCAUCAUUGCUGUUUUGGCGAAUCGCUCCAACCAGCAGCGCCAGUUGAUUGCAAGGAAAUUCACUGCUCUUUACGGAAAAGACUUGCUGAAAGAUUUGAAGAGUGAAUUGGGCGGAAAGUUAGAAGAUGUGGUCUUGGCUUGCAUGACCCCUCUGGACCAGUACUUCGCAAAAGAGCUGAACCACGCUAUUUCUGGACUGGGCACUAACGAGGAAACUUUGAUUGAAGUUUUGUGCUCCCUCAACAACGUCUGGAUUCACGCCAUCAAGAAUGCGUAUCAGCAACUAUACAAAAAGUCACUCGAGUCUGACAUUAAGGGUGACACUUCUGGUUGCUUCGGGCGCCUUCUGAUCUCCCUUUGCCAGGGAAUGAGGGACGAAAGCCCUGUUGUUGACCCUGGACGUGUGGCAGCCGACGUUGCGGCUCUUUUCCAAGCUGGCCAGAAAAAAAUUGGCACUGACGAAUCUACCUUUAACGCCAUUCUGUCCAGCCGCAGCCUGUCUCACCUCAGGGAGGUGUUCAGGCAGUACCACCAAACUCACGGGGUGCCCUUUGAAAAGGUCAUCAAGUCAGAGUUCUCUGGAUCCAUCGAGACGGGCCUUUUGGCCAUUGUCAAGUGCAUGACUGACUGCUCCACUUACUUUGCUGAGCGCCUGCAUGACAGCAUGGCGGGAGCAGGAACCAAGGACAGAGCUCUGAUAAGGAUCGUCGUCUCAAGGUCUGAGUGUGAUCUUGGGGACAUCAAAGUUGCUUUCCAACAGAAGUACGGAAAGAGUCUCGAGAGCUUCAUUGAGGGCGAUUGCUCUGGGGACUACAAGAGAAUCCUAAUUGCCUUGGUUACUGCCUAAUAUGGUCUUUUUAUUGAAAUACUAUAUAACCUCCAUACUAAAUUCUUCCAUUUAAAGCUUCUUUGCAUUUAUACAAAAUAAUGAAAUAUCGUAUUAAAAUACGCAUUAGCAAAGAGCAGCAUUUUGACUGUUAUAUUUGAGAAACUGAUUAACUCCUAAAGAUAAAUAUUAAUCCAUGAUUUGUGAAAUCAUCUUUUGAGCUUCCUUGCACUGCGUGUCUUGUUGAUUAAAAAAACAACGAUUUAAUGUUAUCAAAUCAAACAAUUAAAUGUAAAUAUAUUCUUGCUAUAACCAAUCCACAAAAAGGCAUAAUGCAUUAUCAAUUUUUGAAUAAACCAAAUUUUACUCCAGUA